GCAUGCCACUUCGUCUUUUAAAAUCCAUUACACCAUUGCAGACCUCAAGUUCACAAAUCACCUUGUGUGAACUGCCCCAUGUCUUUUUAAUGGCAUGAAUAGGAAUGCAAGGUCCUUUAGAAGAUUUUGCCACAGCAAAAACCCGAUUGUUUGGGUCAAUGCACUGACUUUGAAGGUGAGACUGUGCAGUGACAUCAUGGUCAACACCUGAAUGUGCCCUUUGUUUAUGUUUUUUGAGAUUGUUCUUUAAAACGCAUAGAUGACAGUGCGGACAAUUUAACUUUUGCUCUUGCUUUCUUCGAAUGCGUUUCAAGUGGUUUAUAGCAGACUUGCUGCACUGACUGGCAAGAGGAGCUGUCUGAUUUCCUUCCUGAUUUACUUCUGGAGCAGUCCUGCUGCACUGAGUAGCAACAGGAGAUGUCUGAAUUACUUUCCGAGCCACCUUGCUGCAUUGAACAGCACUCUGGUUCGUCAGUGUUGCUGAUUUGCACACAGUCAGAAAUGCAGCGUUCUCAGUUCAGGAGCUCCACAAGUCCACAUGAAGCCGCCCAGUCCCGAAUAACUCAGCUGCGGUUGGUGCUGCUGGGCAGAACAGGUUCUGGUAAAAGUGCCACAGGAAACACCAUCUUGGGUAAAAAAUGUUUCCCAUCUAAACUGAGCAUGGACUCAGUGACGAAGAAAUGCCAAAAGGAAAGUGGAGUAGUUCAGGGGCGGAGCCUAGCACUGAUUGACACUCCUGGCUGGUUCGACACCUCUCUCCAGCAAAGUGAGUUAACAAAUGAAGUGCUAAGAUGUCAGGCCAUGUGUUCACCUGGACCACAUGCAUUUCUGCUCAUCAUACCAAUCGCUCGCUUCACAGAGGAGCAGCAGCAGACUGUAGAGAUGAUUAGAAAGUUUUUUGAGGAGAACAUCAGUAAUCACACGAUCAUCAUAUUUACUCGUGCAGACGAGCUGGAAGGACAGUCAAUUGAGCAGUUUAUAUCAGAACAGGGCCAGAAAAUCCAGGAUAUUAUUGCACAAUUUGGUGGACAUUUCUUGGCUUUUAACAACAAGAACCCAGAGAACCCGGACCAAGUGAAAGAGCUCCUGAAGAAGCUGGAUGAGUUGCUGAAACAGAACGAGUACCGUCACUUCACCAACCAGGAAACGGAGGCUGUAGAUAAAGCACUAGCAAUUUUGGAACAGAAAAAGCAAGACAAAAUUGCUGAAUCUAUCGAGAAGGCCAAGCAGGAAGUAAGGCAGAGAGCAGAACAGCAAAGAGCCGUCAUCAUUAAAGCCCAGGAGAUAGACGAGCAAGAGAUAGAAAGACAGAGGAGUCAGAUCCAGGGUGAAAUUCUUUAUUUAACAGCAGAAAUUACCAAAGAAAAUGAAAACCUUUAUGAAGAUCAACACAGGAUGCCGGUGCUGCAGGAAUCUCUACAGAAUGCAAAAAACUGCCUUAGAAAGCUGGAGGAAAAGAAGGAGUUAAGUAUAAAGGAAACUCAAAAAAAGAUCAGGGAAAUAGAAAAAUGGAUGAAGAAAGAAGAGCAAAGAAUCGAGCAGGAGGAGAGAGAAAAGGCUUUAAAUGAGGAUGACAGUAAAUGGUAUAACAAUGAACAAUAUUUCACUAUUCUGAAGUACCUCGUGAUAUUUUUGGGAGGCGCAGGGGCUGGAUUUCUAUUGGCGCCUACACUUUUUGUCACGACUGCAGCACCUGUAGGACUGGCAGUAGAGUUGCUCGGACCUGAGCUUGCAGCCUCUGUGAUGGCAGCAGUUGCAAAAGCAGCUCCUUUAAUAGGUGCAGCGACAAAAGCAGCAGGUCCAAUAAUGGGUGCUGCAGCAAAGGUAACUCCGUUAGUGACUGGCUUUUGUUCCAUUCAGUAACACAAAAGUCAAAACAUCACAUAACUUUGAGGAAGAAGAAUCUAUACUGUUGUCAUAAUUUGUGUUAUGACAUGAUUGUAGUGUAUAAGGAAACUAAGCAAGGUAUUUUAUUACAGUUAUAAUCUUUGUAAUAUUCAUAUUCAUUGCACAUACUAAUGUUAGGCCUUGUAUUGCUUGCAUUCUUUAUAAUCUAGCACAAAGCAGCUCUGUCUUUGUGUUAUGCAGUUAUUACAAAACAUUUUACUGUUAACAGGAUAAACACUAUGUUAACUAUAGUAAUACUUCUAAUACUGCAUGUUAAUAUACAUUCCUAGCAUGUACACAUUCCGUUAAUCAGAUUUAUAACAUUGCAUGCAACAAAAUAUUAUAGUAGACUAAUGGUUGGUAGACAAUUAUAAACAAUGACAUUACAUUCCUUAGAAAUACAAUAAAUGUUGAAAAUUUUAAAA